AGCGCUAGGAUGGAGCUGGGGCCAGCGACCGAGACCUUCGUGCUGGAGCUUCAGUGUCUUGAAGAUGGGGGCCCUGGGCCUGGCACCCUCUCAGGUGGCAGCGGUGGGAGUGAGAGUCAGGAGGAAGAAGAGGCUCAGGAGAACGGCAGCCCACCGCGGCCAGCAAGCUCAGCCCCGACGGGGGCCGGUGAAAUGGCUGAGGAAGCACAGCAGGGGCAGCCGGAGUUGCAACCACAACAGUCACAACAGCAACCAGCGCUGCAACAACAGCCACGGCAGGAGCGGCGACCACAAAGCCGAUCCCCAGGACCGCAGCAACAGCGGCAAGCUGACCGAGAAUGGCUGCCUCGACAAGAGAAGCACCUGCAGGAAAACCCCCCACCUGUGCCACCUCAGCAGCUGAAACCACAGCUGCCGCCGAUGCCGCCGCAGGAACAAUCAGAGGAGCAGCAAGUGCCAGAGCAACACCUGUUGCAGCCACAGCAGAAACCGUUACCACAGCACCAACAGUUACAGAAGCAGCAGCCACAGAAGCAGUUAAGGCAGCAGGAACCGUGGCAGCAGGAGCAGCAGCAGCAGGGACAGUCAGGGCAGCAGCAGGAGGAGGAACAAUUCCAGCAACAGCAGCAGCAGCAGCAGCAGCAGCAGCAGCAGCAACAGCAGGAACUGUUACAACAGCAGCACCUGCAGCAGCAACAGUUACAGCAGCAGCAGAAGGCGGAACAGUUACAGCAGCAGCACCUGCAGCAGCAACAGUUACAGCAGCACGUCGAGCUCUCGGAGCUACUGGAGACCCUGGGGACAGGGACCCGCCACAUUCACAAGCAGAGAAGCCAAACGGACCUGCAAAGGCUGCUCAUGACACCCGUGCCCGGCCGCUCGGGCUCCCGGCACAUCUGA